AUGGGUAAAAACCCAGGCUCAGCUUUCGGUAAUCACGAGUUUGUCAGCGGCAUAGACAGCUUAUUGCAUUUUCUUCGAAACGUCACUUUCCCCGUUUUGAGUGCUAACAUCGACGCCCAAAACGUCCCAGAAAUGCAAGGGAUGUAUCAAAAGUCCACGGUGCUGAAUGUGAAUGGGGAACAGAUAGGAAUAGUGGGUUACGUGUUCAGAUACACGCCUCUAGUUUCAAACCCAGGCGAUUUAAUUUUCACCGAAGAAGUGGCUGCAGUACAGGAAGAGGUUAAUAAACUGAAAUUACAGGGCAUUAAUAAAAUUAUUGCACUGGGUCACUCCGGCUUUCCUGUCGAUAGAAGGAUUGCUGAAGAAGUUGAUGGGGUGGACAUUGUUAUUGGUGGCCGGACGAACACGUUUCUUUAUACCGGCACUCCUCCAUCCACGGAGCAACCCGAUGGUUUGUAUCCUACCGUGUUGAGAAGAAGAGGAAGCAACGUGCUGAUAGUCACAGAUUUCAUGUUUGCCAAAUAUCUAGGUUACCUACAAGUAACUUUUGACGAAGCAGGGGAACUAACGUCAUGGGGUGGCAAUCCAAUCUUAUUGGAUGAAAAUGUUACACAAGACAGUGGAAUAUUAACUGAGAUGCAACCAUGGAAACAACGUGUGGUCGAUUUAGGUCAAACAAAGAUCGGAACCACUUUGGUCGAGUUAAACGAUGUUAUAUCUUGUCGUAGAAAUGAGUGUAGUUUAGGGAACCUCAUAGCAGAUGCAUUGGUGUACAAGUAUCUGAAACCCAAUGACGGAACAAGGUGGACCAAUGCCUCUAUUGGAAUGUGGAAUAGCGGCGGGAUACGUGAGCCAAUUGAAAUAGGUGACAUAUUAGUGUCAAACGUCCUGAGAACUAUCCCGUUCGAAAAUACGGUUGACAUUGUCAAAAUUAACGGUAGUACCUUGUGGGCAGUCAUGGAACAUUCCGUUUCCUUACAAGAGAGUAAUACGGGUCGCUUCCUGCAAGUCUCGGGUCUUCGGGUUGUGUAUGACCUGUCUAAGCCAGUAGGCAGGCGAGUGGUCAGCAUUGACGUCAGGUGCGCUGACUGUACAGUCCCCGAGUUCCAGCCCCUCGUUAAGACAAAAUCAUACGAUGUGGUCACCAACACCUAUUUACUAGAGGGAGGGGAUGGUUUUUCUAUUUUCAAGGACAACAUUUUGUACCGAUAUGGGAUAGAGGACUUGGAUGCAGAUGUUAUGAUGUCCUACAUCACACAGUACUCGCCGAUAAUUCACGGGUUAGAAGGUAGAAUUCGCUAUGUCAGCGACAUCAGGUGCAAUUUUAAGAAAACACCGCCGAGGAGACCUGUAAAUGUACCAGCACCGCCAGCACCGUAAGCACCGCCAUUUGGCAUUAUAGGAAAUUUCCUUCAGAAUUUCCUUGGCUAGAUGGCGUCUUACCUUUUGGCGUUGUUAUGAAAUCUUGA